AUGGGUUUACGACUAUGCGAACCGGUUAACACUGACUGUGGGACAUUUGUGCAAUCCAUCAAAACCAAUCUUGAAGCCCUGCAAGCCCGCAUUACCAAAGCAUGCAGCGUCGCUGACCGUGACCCGGAACAGAUCACCCUGAUUGCCGUGUCAAAAACCAAACCCAGCAGCCAGGUCCGUGAAGCGGCAGCACUUGGUUUAAAACAUUUUGGCGAAAACUAUCUGGACGAAGCUGUCACUAAAAUCUCUGAUUGUGCAGACCUCAAGCUGACCUGGCAUUUCAUCGGCCGCAUCCAGAGCAAUAAAACCCGCACCAUCGCCGAACAGUUUGACUGGGUACAUACCCUGGACCGCAGCAAAAUCGCCCGCCGCCUCAAUGAACAAUGCCCGGCAGGCAAACAGCUUAACGUGCUGCUGCAGAUCAAUAUUGACAAAGAUCCUGCCAAAGCCGGUGUCAACGCAGAUGAUGCUGACCAGUUGCUUACAGAGGUCAGCAAGUUACCCGCCUUACGACCUCGGGGACUGAUGACGAUUUUAUCUCAGCAGGCAGACCCUGUGGCCAGUUAUCAAUCCAUGGCACAAUUGUCAGCUCGAUUGGCAGAACAGCUCGGUGACAACCAGAAGCAACACUGGGGCACGUUAUCGAUGGGCAUGAGUGCCGACAUGGACGCUGCCAUUCUUGCAGACACACGUCUGGCUUUUAUCGGCGCGGGCAACAUGGCCAGCGCAAUGAUUCAGGGUCUAUUACGUACCGGUAUCAAGGCCGCGCAGAUCAGCGUUGCGGAUCCUGUUGCCGAUGCGCGCGAGCGCCUUGCAGAGAUGGGCGUGGCGACAUUCAGCGACAAUAAUCAGGCGGUCGCAGGCGCCCAGGCUGUGGUUCUGGCAGUGAAACCUCAGGUCGCACAAGAGGUGGUGCAGUCCAUAUCAGCGCUCCAGCCAGAGCAGCUACUGGUGUCAAUUGCGGCCGGAAUCAAUCUUGCCAGCCUAACUCGAUGGACCUCUGAGCAGCAGGCGAUUGUUCGCUGCAUGCCAAAUACACCGGCCCUGCUGGGUGCAGGUGUCAGCGGUCUGUACGCCAACAGUUGCUGCGAUGCCAGCCAACGCAGCCUGGCCGAAAACCUCUUACGCAGCGCUGGCACAACGCUGUGGGUCAAAAAGGAACCGGACCUGGACGCAGUGACGGCGGUGUCCGGUAGCGGGCCGGCCUACUUCUUUUUACUCAUGGAGGCCAUGAUAGACGCCGGCGUAGAUCUGGGCUUAGAUCGAACCAGCGCAACCGAGCUCACCUUGCAAACUGCCUAUGGCGCCGCAUUAAUGGCGCAACAAGGCAACACAAACCCAGCCCAGCUGCGAAAGAAUGUCACGUCUCCCGGCGGCACCACUGCCGCGGCGCUGGAUGUUAUGUUAACGGCUGGCAUGCCCGAUACAAUCAAGGCCUGCGGUGCUGAUUUUUAUAAUCCGAUCAGUCAGGCUGUGGUCAAAGGCACCGACACAGUCUGUGCACCAUUGCGCAAGAUCAUUAAACCUUUCAAAAACCUGGAUUUUGCUUCUUUCAUUGUUGCCUGGCUGGUCAGUGCCCUUGGUGUUGUCGCCUUCAGUUAUCUGGCUUUUGGCAAUGCACCCAGUGCGCUGACCGUGGUCUGGGCUGGCAUGAUCAAAACACUGCUGGUGCUGCUGCAGUUCUACAAAUGGACAAUCAUCAUUCUGGUGAUAGCCAGCUUUAUCGCGCAGGGUUCCUAUCACCCGGCGCUUGCCCUGCUGAAUCAACUUGUGGAACCGGUCAUGGCCCCGGUACGCCGCAUUCUACCCAGUCUCGGUAAUCAUCAUGCCGCUGGCUAUUAUGACUCAGACCCUAAGCCAGGUUGGUGGGACAGCUGUAUCGGACCAGGCAAACCGAUCGAUACAGAAAAGUUUUUUGUUGUCAGUCUCAACAAUCUUGGUGGCUGUCAUGGCAGCACGGGGCCGUUAACCAUCAAUCCGUCUACACAACGACCUUACGGUCCGGACUUUCCAACCGUGGUGGUACGCGACUGGGUGAACAGUCAGGCGUUGCUGGCCGACCACCUGGGCGUGAGGAAAUUUGCAGCGGUGAUUGGUGGCAGUCUUGGCGGCAUGCAGGCGAUGCAGUGGUCUAUUGAUUUUCCGGAUCGCAUUGCAUCCGCGCUGGUAAUCGCUUCUGCCGCUAAGUUAUCCGCGCAGAAUAUUGCAUUCAACGAAAUCGCUCGACAGGCAAUUGCUGCAGACGCCAGCUAUUUCUCUGGACACUACAGCGAACAUAACAAAACCCCCUCUAAAGGACUGGGUCUUGCGCGCAUGAUUGGUCACGUCACGUAUCUGUCCGAUGACGGCAUGCGGGAGAAAUUUGGUCGUGAACUGAAAUCCGGAGACCCCAGCCAGGGUGGCGAUGUUGAAUUCCAGGUAGAGAGCUAUCUGCGUCAUCAAGGGCAGGCGUUCUCGCAACGCUUUGAUGCAAAUACCUAUAUGCUGAUGACCAAGGCGCUGGACUACUUUGACCCCGCCCGGGAACAAAACGAUGACCUUGUGGCGACACUUUCUAUAGCCAAAGCCAAAUUUCUGGUCAUCUCAUUUACCAGCGACUGGCGUUUUUCUGUUGCCCGCUCCAAAGAAAUUGUCGAUGCGCUGGUUGCGGCCCGCAAAAAUGUCGCCAGCGCCAUCAUCGAAUCCGACCACGGCCACGACUCGUUUCUGCUGCCCAUUCCGCGCGGACACAUGACUUUGCGGGCUGACCUGGCGGUCAUUGCUGACCUGGUAAACCCCAAGGCACGGGUGCUCGAUCUUGGCUGUGGCGAAGGUGAGCUUCUCGCCCAUCUGCAGUCUGACAAGGAAGUCAACGGCUAUGGUCUGGAUGUGGAUGCAGACAACAUCCGGGUUUGCCUGGAGAAAGGUGUCAACGUCAUUGAGCAGGACCUGGACGCAGGGCUAAGCAACUUCGCCGACUCAAGCUUUGACAUGGUGGUCAUGACUGAAACGCUGCAAUCUGUGAAAUCUCCUGAGCAGCUUCUACAGGAAAUGUUGCGUAUCGGUGACGAGUGCAUUGUCACGUUUCCCAACUUCGGGCAUUGGUAUUGUCGUGCGCAACUGCUGUUUCUGGGACGCAUGCCGGUCAUAGAAGGCGAAGCCAUCUAUUAUCUGGCACUCCUGCGUUACGCUGAUGAAGAAUUUCAACGGGUUGUUUUAGCCAGUGGUAAUACCGGCAAGCUGGCAGAAUUUCAAACUCUCCUCGCAGAUACACCACUUGAAAUUACCAACCUGUCGGCUGCAGCACCGGAUUUUGAGAUGCCAGAAGAAACCGGCACAACGUUCAUCGAAAACGCGUUGAUCAAAGCCCGCGCGGCGGCGCAGGCGACGGGUUUCGCUGCGCUGGCAGACGACAGUGGUCUGGUGGUGCCUGCGCUUGGCGGAGCGCCCGGUAUUUUUUCAGCACGUUACGCCGGCAGACACGGCGAUGACGCGGCAAACAAUCAGAAACUGAUCGAAGCACUGAGGGGCGAAGUGCAGCGCGAAGCCUAUUUUUAUUGCGCCAUCACGCUACUGCGACAUGACCAGGAUCCUACGCCAAUCAUCGCCACGGCCGCAUGGCACGGCAAGAUUCUUGACGCACCCAGAGGCGAGCAGGGAUUUGGUUACGACCCGCUCUUCUGGUUAGCCGAUCACAACAAGUCUUCAGCAGAGCUGCCUCGUGACCUGAAAAACCGUUUGAGUCACCGAGGCCAGGCCACUGCCGCCCUGCUGCGGGAGAUCCGGGAUGACUUCAGUGCCUAUACUCACGCGCUGAUUGACGACUGGCAGACACAACAGCGCAACUUCGACAGCGAAGCACCUUUCCACAGCGUAUUUCUCGGCGGUGGUACACCCAGCCUGUUUAAACCCAGCCAGAUGGCACCUAUCCUGGAACAGCUCUCGUUAACUGCAGAUGCUGAAGUCACUAUGGAAACCAAUCCGGGUACGACCGAACAUCAUCUGUUAGGUGAUUACCUGGCAGUGGGUGUCAACAGGCUGUCGAUUGGCGCGCAGUCUUUUGACAAUACCCAACUGCAGAAACUGGGCCGUAUCCACAACAGUAAAGAAACCUAUGGCGCCUAUGAACAGGCGCGUCAGGCAGGUUUUGCGAAUAUCAAUAUCGACCUGAUGUGGGGUCUGCCGGAACAGACCGUUGCAGCAGCCCUUGAGGAUCUUGAUGCUGCCAUUGCACUUCAGCCGGAGCACAUUUCCUGGUAUCAGCUGACCAUCGAGGCAAAAACAGAGUUUGCUGUCCGCACACCCAUACUACCCAGGGACAAUGUGCUUGCAGACAUUGAGGCAUCUGGUCUUAAGCGUUUACAAGCCGCCGGGUAUCAGCGUUACGAAGUGUCUGCGUUUGCGCGCAGCGGGUAUCAGUGCAGGCAUAACCUGAACUACUGGUCUUUUGGCGACUAUGUGGGCAUCGGCGCUGGCGCUCAUGGCAAGAUCAGUCAUGUCAGCAAAGACGGUCUAACCAUUGAGCGCACACAGAAGGCCAGUCAACCCAGGCUCUAUCAGGCGUCACCGGAUGAGACACGUGUUCAUCCGGUGACCCUUGCUGAACGGCCAGUGGAAUUCAUGAUGAACGUACUGCGCCUGGUUGAUGGUGUUGAAACCUCAACUUUCCCCCAGCGCACCGGUCUGGAUUGGACAGUUGUUGAAGACACCUGGCAGCAGCUGGUUUCCCAGGGCCUGGUAAGACACGAUCGGAUUGCCACAACACCUGCAGGGCUGAGGUAUCUGGAUAGCGUCCUGGCAGAAUUCUUAAGCCCGGACUGA